CAAUUAUUUUGGCAAAAUGGGAAUAUUUUCUGGCGCCCUUCCGGCCUGAUACUCCUCUCAGUGACGACGACGAGUCGAGGCUCCUCUGAUAUGUACUUUCUUCGAUCACUCCGCUCUUUGACAACCAAUCUCCCUCGUUCACGACAUUUCUCUUCUCUUAUUGAAUCUCCUCCAUCCCCGUCCGCUUCGUCAAAAUUUCCCUUCCUUUACAACCACGAUUCUCCCGAAGAAACGCAUUCAAACAAUGCUGGAACCACCGCUAUUCUCCAGCUGCUCUCCUGGGGCAGAGGUUCUUCCGGUCAGCUCGGUGGCGGCAUUGAAGAAAUUCGUUUGUAUCCUUCUCCCGUGGCCAAUUUGAGUGUUCCCAAUAUUCAUAAUCUCGCCCUAGCCCCAGGUCAGCUUCCGUCAUUCUCCGGCGACAAUCAAGAUUCUGGGGAUGACGGUUCGUUUGAGCUCGGUAUUUCUUGUGGGCUGUUUCAUUCUUCUUUGCUUGUUAAUGGGAAAGUCUGGAUUUGGGGUAAAGGAGACGGCGGCCGUCUUGGUUUUGGUCACGAGAACCCUGUCUUUGUUCCCACUUUGAAUUCUCGCUUAGAGAGUGUUCGUUGCAUUGCUCUUGGGGGUCUGCAUUCCGUUGCGCUCAACGCUCUUGGGCAGGUUUUCACUUGGGGUUAUGGUGGUUUUGGUGCGCUUGGACAUUCUGUUUAUCACAGAGAACUGGUCCCUAGAUUGGUAGAAGGCUCAUGGAGAGGCAGAAUUAAGCACAUUGCAACUAGCGGGGCCCAUACUGCAGCAAUCACGGAAUCAGGUUGCGAGGUCUAUACCUGGGGCCGAGAUGAAGGAGAUGGUAGAUUGGGCCUUGGUCCAGGUCGAGGCCCAAAUGAAGGAGGAGGAUUGAGUAUUCCUUGCAGAGUGAGAGCAUUGCCUGCACCUGUUGCUGCUGUGUCCUGUGGUGGUUUCUUCACAAUGGCUCUAGGAGUGGAUGGGAAGCUUUGGAAUUGGGGAGCAAACACCAACUUUGAGCUUGGUAGAGGCAAUAACAUUGGUGGUUGGGAACCAAAACCUGUUCCUAGUCUUGAAGAUACACCCAUCAUUCAGAUAGUUUGCGGUGGAUACCACUCGCUUGUAUUAACUGGUGAUGGAAAAGUGCUUUCCUGGGGUUACGGAGGACAUGGCCAAUUGGGUCAUUCUUCAAUACAAAAUGAAAAAGUACCCAGAGUGAUUGAUGCUUUAGCUGACAAGCGAGUGAUCUAUAUUGCCUGUUGUGGUUCCUCUUCAGCCGCUGUAACAGCUGAGGGUAAAUUGUACAUGUGGGGAAAUGCUAAGGAUUCUCAAUUGGGUGUUCCUGGGCUGCCAGAGGUACAAACAUCUCCCGUGGAGGUCAUAUUUCUAACGGAAGAUGAUGGGUUGGGUCCCUACCAUGUUUUAUCAGUUGCAGUUGGUGCGUCUCAUGCAAUGUGCUUGGUCUUAAGGAGAGGCAGGAUGUAAAAUUUUGAUGCGGUAGUGAUCCCAAGAAAUUUUUGCAAUGUAGAAACAUAUGGCUGGUUUUGUUACAACCUACAAGGUGUAUUAGGGUUUUGUACUGCAAGAACUGCUGCCCCUCAGCAUCUUUCAACAUUGGGGGUCACUUUUAAUAAAAGAGUCACCUGUAAUUUAUUAUACGAACAGAACAUUUAGAAAACAUCAUAGAUAGACCACUUUUAGUUUUAGUCUUCAUUAUCAGUUACUUUUUAUUGAAAGGUUUAUUAUAGUAGUUAUUUGUUAAAUCAGACAAUUAAGUUCAAUUUUCCUUCACUCACUCAGGAAUCCAACUCAAAUCUUUCUUUGGAUUUUUUCUCAUGAUAUUCAA